CUUCGACACAGAUGAGCUCAGCACGACAGACUCUCUCCUGCCUGAGCCUCCUUCUUCUUGUCUGGAACCAAGUGCCAGGGCUCCAUGGUCAUGAGUUUCGAUUUGGGCCUUGCCGAGUGGAAGGGGUGGUUCUCUCAGAACUGUGGGAGGCCUUCUGGGCUGUGAAGAACACGUUGCAAACUCAGGAUAACAUCACAAGUGUCCAGCUGUUGAAGCCACAGGUUCUUCAGGAUGUCUCGGAUGCUGAGAGCUGCUACCUUGUCCACAGUCUGCUGAAGUUCUACCUGAACACUGUUUUCAAAAACUACCAUAACAAAAUAGCCAAGGUCAAGAUCUUGAAGUCAUUCUCCAGUCUGGCCAACAACUUUAUUGUCAUCGUGUCAAAACUGCAGCCUAGUAAGGAGAAGGACAUGCUUUCCAUUAGUGAGAGGGCACACCGGCGGUUUCUGCUGUUUCGUAGAACAUUCAAACAGAUGGGCACAGAAGCAGCUUUGGUGAAAGCCGUUGGGGAAGUGGACAUUCUCCUGACCUGGAUGCAGAAAUUCUACCAGCUCUGACUGUCUAUCAGGCUGACCUCCUGCUUGCUCUCCAUGCGUCUUCAAACCGUCGUUUACUCCCAUGCUGUCCUCAGGGUACUUCGGACUCUUGCCCACGGACUGACUCAGGCAUCUCUACAGACAUCUUUCCUCGGCAGUCCCAAUGGCUGCCUUUAUACUGUGACUAACCCACAAGGUGGAUUUGCGUAUUUAUUACAACUUUAUUUAACCAUUGCCACGGCAUCAGUGGAAACCAUAUUUAUUUGUGAGACUGGAAGUUCCAUGAAAGCAGAAGAAUGAUGCACCCCAUGCUUCCACCAUAUUCCCUGUGGUCUGGCUACAGCAUGGGGCCAGUGGGUGGUUGCUCAGUAAAUGUUUAGACUGGA